AUGCGCACCAAGCACCUGAUACCCAACCACGCGGCGGGGCUCACCUACGCGAACGCCCACGCCGGCGCCCGCGAGGACUACCACCACGCCGCCGAUCGCGCCGCCGCCGACCCGUUCGAGGGGUUCCCGGACGCGGUGCUGGGGCUGAUCGUCUCCAAGCUGCCGUUCCGCUCCGCCAUCUCCGCCUCCUCCAUCUCCCGCCGGUGGCGCGGCGCGCUGGCCGCGGCACCAUCGCUGGACCUCGACUUCCCCGCGGCCUUCCCGGCCGCACCGCGCCGCCGAACAGCCUUCGCCGCCGCCGCCACCGCCGCGCUCGCACCCCCACCCCCACACCACCACCCGCUCCGCCGCCUCCGCCUCGCGCUCGACGGCUUCUUCGACCAGCUCUUCGCCGCCUCCGCCGCCGCCCACCUCGCCGCCUGGCUCGCCGCCGCCGCGGCCCGCGGCGUCAGCCACCUAGACCUCCACCUCCCGCGCUCCCGCCUCGCCGUGCUCCCGCCCUCCCUCCUCGCCUGCGCGGGCCUCACGUCCCUCACCCUCCGCCUCGACCGCUACGCCCUCCCGCUCCCUCCCCUCGGCCGUCUAACCCGCCUCUCCCGCCUCCGCCUCGCCUCCGUCCACCUCCCUGGCCGCGACGACUUCUUCCACGACCUCUUCUCGCAAUGCACGCUGCUCGCCUCCCUGACCCUCGAGCAAUGCCACAUCGGCGCGCUCCGGCUGGCGGGCGCGCCGCGGCUUCGCUCGCUCGACAUCGCCAACUGCUCCUGGGACCAGCAGUCGUGUGUCGGCAUUGCUGAGAUGCCCUCAUUGCGUACUCUCCGCUACUCGGGUGCGAUGGCAAGCAGGCACAUCGUUACUGACGCUUAUUCUCUCGACGAAGUCGUUCUGGCCACCGAGAAGCCACAGGUUAAGCUCCAGGGGCCUAAUCUCAGAGAGCUCCUCCCCUUGGUCGGAAACGCGCGGAGCCUAGUGCUCUCGCCAUGGUGCAUUGAGCAAUUUGCACGACCUGGGGAUUGGUCGAAGGUGCGGCUGGACAAGGUGACACGGUUGGCGUGCAUAAUAGAGAGGAGGGAAGAAGGUGCUUUAUCCAUUGCUCCACUCCUUACGAGCUGCCCCAACGUAAAAGAGCUUUCUGUGUCUGUCGUGCCAUCGCAGUCCAAGCAGAGACGGUGCAGCGGCGAUGAGGUUCAGUAUGAUGUUGUAUGUGGCAGAGGGGUGACUGUGAGGAAUCUCAGGGCAAUUAGGAUGGAGUACAUCGAUGAGAGCAAGAGUGGACUGGAGCUGGUUAAGCUUCUGCUCAAGAACGCGCAGGUGCUGGAGACGAUGACAAUUGUGCCUUCCAUGGAUGGCCUCGAGCAGGCAAUGUUCAGGCGCAGGGUGUUGAAGUUCAGGAAAGCUUCCAGGAAUGCCAGCAUCCAGUUUUGUGCCAGCGCGUGAUGAUUCGAUUGUGUGUUGAUCGGUGAAAGCCCGAUGAUGCAGUCCUUAAAGGAAGAUGUGGCUUUGGCUGUCAUCAGUGAGGCUCCUCCGGUCCUGUCCUGAACUUCGUAUGGAGCUGCUGAUUGUCAUCUUAAUUCAUCGCUGAGCUACAUUUAGCUUGAGUCCCCUAUUAAGUUCGAAAAAUUCCUGAUUCUUUCAUGAACCAAACCAUCUUUCACAUUAGUAGAACUUUAUGUUUGUAGGAUACACAUAGAAAGUUCUAUGAGCUAAAUUGCGUGUAAAGUUAAAUACGAAGGAACAUGUACUGCUACUAGCCAAUUAUACAAACUCUAUGGAUAUUUUGGCUAUGUUUGAC